UCCAAUCUUGUACCAUUCUACGUACCUCUGGGCCACUUGGAUUUUCUUUUGGAAUGGGAAAUGGAAGGCAAUCAAUCAGACGGACAAGCUGUCCUCGGUCGUGGCCGAUGUGUGCGUGGAUUCUUGGCCGGUGCAACCAAUCCGCUUUUGCGGACGCACAAACAGCUCGCGGAGGUGAUUGUUAUGACAUUGCCGCCUUCCGAUGGUUUGUCCGAUCCUCGAGUGAAUCAGUCAUCUGGCGAAUUAACCAGUCUGUUCGAAAAGAAUUUGAAGCCUCUGGAAUCGGGCAACGGAAGCUCUGAAGGGGCAGAAAAACAGCAGUCAACUGUUCCCAAACCUCCAGUUAGUCAAUCACGUGGCUUUACUUUGCCCAAACGGACCUCUCAGAUCAUUCGGGUUAAUGCUGCCGAUCCGGCUUCCAGCGAUUCUCGCAACAUGCCCACACCCCUUGCCCAAGCCUUGCAACUGAGUCGUAUGGAUCGACUAUUUGUGGACGAACUGGUCCGUACUGUAGUCCUUUGGUACCAGGCUAAAACGCAUCUUAUGGAUUCAACUGUUUUACCGAGUGAUGUCGACCUCGGUGAAUUACUGUCCCGCGACGAGAACGUUAAUUUAAUCGAUCGGUAUUUGUCUGGAUUGACCCCAGCCCAAAGAACCGUGCUAAUGCGUUUUCCAACCGCUUCCAUUUUGGAUACGUGGAUUCGACAGCAGUUCCAAACAUACCUGCGGGCUCUGCUUCUCACUGCGGACGGUUAUAGUGAGUGUUUCAAUUGA